AUGCUACUUCAAUGGAAUCCGCGCCAUGGGCGAGUGCCUGGCACACCGAAGUACACACUGUGCCACGUGGUAGCGAUCGCCCAGCCAGCACUGGCCGACGUCCUCCAGGCUUCGGCUCCACACUCGUUCAGGUCGCAGCAGAAGCGCUCGGCAGAACCGGGGAACGCCAUGGCGCCGCGACAGUGGCUGGGCCUUGGCUACCCCCGCGGGUUUCAUAGCCGGGACCUGCUGUUGCCGCGCUCCGUUCAUUCCGAGUCCGGCAGCCAGCAGGUGGCUCGCUCGCAGCCGCGGGCGAAAGACAACCGGCGAACUGCCCUCAGAAGCCAGAAGCGCAGCUUGUAUCGUGACUCAUGCCAAAGCGCGGCUCUUCAACCAGGACCUUCUCAAUCGUCCUUCAACAUAUCCCAUCCCCCUACGCAGCUCGUCGAGACUUUGCCAGUCAACAAGUCGGUGAGGAGGUCAAGUCGGGACGGCACCUGA